AUGGCGACCAUCGCACCUCCCCCCGCAGCCCCUACACUGGCAGACCUGCCCCUCGAACAUCUCAGCCUCUAUCACGUCGUCGACACAUGUUUAUCAUCCAUCCUCGUCUUCUAUGGUGCCGUUUCUACCGCCAAUGCCACUGUGAGCAGUUCCCGCAUCCAGGCACAUAUAUUUACACCCGCCGGGUUCCAAAGUUACCCUCGAAUUACAGUGUCCCCAGCUGCCCCCGUGUAUGCUGCGGUCAACCACCUACCCCGAGAAAAACAAGGAGAUGAGGUGUGUCGCGGACUUGCAGUCAGCAUGUUGAGGUAUUUUGCCGAGCUGUCCGAACCGGUUAAGCACCGUCUCACCGGGAUGGCUCGUGCUGGAAGACCGGGAGGAAAGGCCCCCAAGAUGUUCGAUGAGAUGCAUGCUGCGGAUCUUGCCAACCGUAUGACAAAAGUGGAUGAUUCAUUGGAGAUCAUUCAGGAUAUUCGGAGCGCAUAUCAAGAACGUAAGGUGCCAUGGAUUGACAUCGAUGUGGUGCUUCCUGCAGGUACGAUACAACCAGUCCAUCGUCGAGAGAGUGCGGGAUCAGAUCUCGAGGGGAGUCAGAAUCCCCAAUACGGUCCAUACACGCCCCUGAUAGAGGUAUUGGGAGAUCCCAUGUUUUUGCCAACAUCUCGACUGAAGCGUGCGCCGUCACAGCCGACCAAUGUCAGCAAAUCGCGCCUGUUCGCAAGAAGCCAGAAAGAAGCCCUUCGUCUCACCAUGUGUGAGCUUGUGGAUACCGAAGAGAGAUAUGUCGCCAAAUUGUAUUCUCUUGUCCAUGAAGUGGCCGACGAGUUUCGGCAAAAAGCCGUAGGCAGAGGGCCAUCCAGUAACAGCCCCGACGAGGCAGCUUUGGCGGCAUUAUUCCCACCAUGUUUGAAUGAAAUUCUGGAAGUCAACCUGGGAUUUCUCGAUGUCAUUCGACAAGUGCUUGAUGAAACAGAGAAAGAUGCCAUCGCAGAUAUUGGUCAGGACACAGAGCUCCCUUCUCGGGGAUUGCCCAGGGACAGAGCGGAUCCGCUUGGAACUCUGGCAUUCGCAAGGGCCCUUUUUGAAUGGCUACCACAAUUCUCGCAGCCAUAUGGAGACUAUAUGCGAGCACAUACAGGUUUCACGCAAACUCUGAAUUUGUUCAUGAAAGAUAAGAACUCGAGCUUUUCGAAGAGAGUAUACGAGACGGGAGAACAGAGACUGCGCUCUUUGUUGAUGGAACCCGUCCAGAGACUCCCGCGAUACAGUCUGCUGAUUGACACUAUGACGAGCAACUUGCCCUUGGUCCAUCCCGCCGUGCGAACUCUGCUGAAAGCACGAGACAUUGUGAAGGAUAUCUGUGCGCUAGAGAAUAAUUCCCCAUCGAGCCAUGCCCAAAGUCUUCAACGCCUGAAAGAGCUGGUCAACGGAUGGCCAGCAAAGACAUUUCCUGAAGGUCGGCUUAUUACCGCAGUUGACUUCAACGAGAUUACCCCUCCCUACCAUCUAGACACAGAGUCAUCUGGCAACAACACGGGGAUCAUGCUUCUUUAUAAGAACUGCCUGGUCCUUCUAGCGAAGCCCGCCGAAAGCCGGGCCACGGCUCGUGGUGUGCUAGCUGAUAUCGACAAUGCGGCCGCUUCGACCACUGAUGUGUCCACGUCUUUGCCGCAAGCAGAACUCCAGGUUGUGCAGGUACUAGACUUUCAUAAUGUGCGUUGUAUGCAAUCCUCAUGUGGUCGAAUUCUGUUUGUGGCGCCAAUUUCAGCCAAGUCCUUGGCAGACGAGACAAGCGCCGGAGCGGAUCUGCUUGCGUUGGAAUUGGCUGGAACGUAUGAAGGAAGAGCCAAUCGACUGAUCGAAGAAAUAUCAAAAGCGAAGAUUGAGGGUCGAUUUCCCGAGAGUGAAAGAGAAGGAGGCAAAUGGACACUACGAAGCCCUCCCACCGGAGCUGCGAGUAACGUGGGAAUACUGGCCUGUGUGUGCGAGGACGGCGAAAGCGCCGCGCUUGAUCAGAUCCACUCAUCCCCCAUACGCAUUGUUUUUAAUGCAUCCAAGGCGACCUGUGCUCAAAUGUUGAGAGAUUCCAAUCUUGAGGUCAUCAUGUCGAUAUCUCCUCCAAAUGGAGACCAAUACAGACUAGACAUCGAUUCUGUGGUUGGAUCUGGGUCUACGGAUUUGAUCACGGUGGACACUUUCAUUCCUACUCUCUCACGACGUCUUCAUUCUCAUUUUGAAAUCCUUCGGUAUAUCGCCAGCAGCCUAAUCACCCAAGUCAAGACUUCGCGGGGCUUCCGCCCACCUUCGCCGACCAAAUUGAUCUCGAACCUGUUAGGGAGUAGCCGUGACAACGCGUCCACUCUCAAAGGGCCAGGAUCGGCCACUCUUACCGGCGAAUUCCCAAAAAUGCUCCCGUCAAGAGGCACUCUGUCGAGAUCAAAUACAUUACCUUCGACAUUCCCCGGAAAGGACAAAGAGAAGGACAAGGACAAGGACAAAGAGAAGGAGAAAGAGAAAGAGGAAACCGGGAACAAAAUAUCAGUUGUUGGGGCAUCCGCCUCCAAGGGAUUGGAUACUCAGUUCGGGUUGCUGGAACAAACAUUUGCAGCCUAUGUACUUUCUCUGCAGUCUCGGAGUGGAAACAUCCUGGGUCGAAUGCUUCGGGCCAGAGAUCAUGUUGAUCGGGCGCCAGUUAAUGAGCUCUACAACAUUUUGCUGGAAGAUCCAAGCAGAAUCCAAGCCGCCGCCGAAGUACCAGUCGAUACGCUUUUUGUCGCAUUCGAAACAUUCCUGGCGAACGCUUGGAGAAGAAGCAUGGGCCCGAUCUUGAGCUCCUCUUCUCUGAAAUGGAUUCAGAGCCAGUUUGAUACCAUGAUACCGCGAGAUUUUGAUGAGCAAUUCCGGAAAUUUGUGACAGACAUGAGCCCGCAAAAUAGACGAGCUCUAGCUGCGAUCAUUCGACUGCUUGCCGAGCUACUCGAUGCCUCUGGAAAUGAUGGAGAUCGUGGUGCUUUGACAAUGGCAUUUGCGGAGGUACUCACUGAAGACGGAGAUCCCAGCCACCAUGUCUCCCUUUUGGAUCGACUGGUCGAAGACUUUGAUAACCUCUUUGAAGAGUUUAUUCCUGGGGUACCUCGGGAUACCUCGAAAAAUGAAGGCGAAAGCAAAGUCGCAGCGAUUCUACGGACAUUGAGCAAGAAGCAAAGCCCAGCCGGCUCAGAGCCUAACACACCCAAGGGCUCCCUGAUGCGUUCCAAGUCAACUGACGUGGACGCCCGUCUGGGUUUCCUUCGCCCUACAUCUCGCGAUCGUCCUACGUCUCGUGAUCGCCCUACAUCCCGUGAUCGUCCCUACCGUCCUUACGGGUUCGCAUCUGAGGAGCAAAUCUCGAGGCCGGGCACCGGUUAUGAAAACCCGCCUUCUCUAUCUUCUUUCCGAGGAUUCUCUGAAGAUGCACCAAGGACUCGUAGAAAACGAAGGAGCUCUCUUUCGGAUUUGCGACCACCCACAGCAUCCUCAGAUGCAUCCAGUAUCUCUCCGACUCAACAGCUCCGCCCGACGACCCCUUCCAGCCGCCCGCGAGGAGAAGUGGUAACGCCCACCAAGCAGUCCAGACCUCAAAGCAGUUACAUACCAACAUCACCUAUGCGCGGUCAAUCCCCGAUGCGUGGUCAAUCACCAAUGCGUUCUAAGCUGCCAGCAAAAUCCGGUUCACCGACGCGACUAGGAUCACCCAUUCGCCGUCUGUCUCCGCCCCGUCCUUCUACACCCAGCAGGAAGGAGAACAUUGACCCCAGGACUCCACAGACAGAGCGUACAACAAAGCCGAGGAGUGGUGUCUCAGUAUCGCCAGCAGAGGAGUCAAGGAGGGGAUCCCACACGUCAGGCAUCCCUCAGCGGACUCCGGGCCUUCGGGAGCGGACAACCACCAACGGUUCCGAUACUAAGCGUCCACAGUCUUCGUCUUCCUUGCAGAGACCACAGAAACCGCGGAUGCAAAGCCCACAAAAGUUACGUGAUCGUGUUCAACUAGAAAAGAAGACCCAAAACUCCACUCAAUUGGGUCUGAAAGAUGAGCUCAAAGAGCUGGGUAACGAAUUACGUUCUUUGAAGCUCACACCACCAAGGCAAUCCAACGCAAUGAACCUGGAGUUUGAUUUUGACCGUACAGACACCAAUCCAUAUUCUGCUACCACCACAUCCCUUGAAGCCCGCAUGCGCAAUCUUGAAGCCCGAUUUGAGACGCUUACCUGGGAAUACAAUGGCCGCACAACCGCUCUCGAGCGAGACCUGGAGUCGUCCUUGAUUCUUAGCGAGAAGCGUGUGAAGAGACUGGACGAGCUUUAUCGCGAGGCAAGUGCCGAGAACGAGGCUCUCUAUGAUCGGUUUAAUACCGAGCUCAGCAAAAUUGCAAAGGAUGUCCGAGCCGGCCACGCAGAAGACGCCUUGAAGUCUCAACUGGCAAGUGCUCUAGACGAGAUCGGCCGUGUGAAGAAAGAAAACUUCCGCUUGAAACGAGAAGUCGGAGGUCUUCGAGCCCAGUCAGCUGCCGCUGCACUGCUCAAGGCGAGCGAGCAAUGA